AUGUCCGCAAAAUUUUUGCGGACAAAAAAAAUUUUUGCGGACAAAACUUGCGGACAGUCCGCAAAUUUUUUGCGGACAAAAAUUUUUUCUUAUUUUUCAAAUUUUUUUUUUGAAAAUUUUAGUUGUGAAGAGUGUGACAAAUACUUUGACAACCAACAACAGAAUGCGUUAGAACGUGCUACUGAGUGGGUUGUACAUCGUUUGGAAGUUCACGGGACGGAAUUUAAAGAGAAUUGCGCAACUAUUAUUGAAAAAAUUUUUGCUUCUCCAACUCAUCAUCCAUAUUUGACCACAAUUAAGCGUGAAAAACAAGAAAUUUUAUCGGACAAUGAAGAUAAUACUGAAGAAGACGAUGUUGAGUGGAAGGUCUAUAAGAAGAGAAAUGAUGAGGACAGUUCGUUUAACCCUUCACCAAAGAAAAAUGGCAAAAAGAGAAAGAAGAUGAUGGUCAAGAAGAGUAAUAGUUGUGCUGGUGGAAGUGGGGGAAGUUCUGUUAAAGUUAAAAAAGAAAUUUGA